AUGUACAAUACAGCAUCCUCAUCCGAUGGUCGUGAAAGAUUAUUUGUUAAAUGGUUCAGAACUUUUCCAGGGAGCUCUUCGUCUUUGGGAAAAAAUUACUCAUCCUACAAUAAUAAAUAUACGAAAGGAGAAGAACGGUAUGGUGAUAAUGGUAGUAGUAGUAAUAGCAGGUCUUCACGAACGGAUGAAAAGGACAAUCGUAGUCAGAAGCGAAAAAGUCGUUGGGAUGUAGAAGGAAGAACACGGGAUAACCAUCAUCCAGUGAUGGAACAAAAGGAGAGAAAAAGUCGAAGCAGAAGUCCUAUAAAUAAUAAAUGUCAAGAUCCCAAAAAUUGCUACCUAAACGGAUUUAUAUCAACACCGAAAACUCCUGCUGCUUCUGGGAUUCAAAUAAAAAUGAUCCAACCAAUUGUGAAACCUGCUUCGAAAGCUGCAUCUGCUCUGAAACCCAAAAUUGCUUCUGUUUUUAAUGUGGACGAUGAUGAUGACGAAGAAGAGAUGCCACCAGAAUGUAAAAUGAGAAUGAAAAAUAUCGGAAGAGAAACUCCUACUUCGGCAGGCCCUAAUUCGUUUGGAAAAACUAAAUUAGGAUUUUGCAAUUCCAUUCAAAUCAAAGAAAGAAAACUCGAAGAGGAAAUGUUGUGUAGGAAGUGA